UUCACUAUGAGGGGGAUCAUACUUGCACUAGCGCUCACCCUUGUAGGUAGUCAGAAGUUUGACAUCGAGCCUGGAUUCAGUAGCAAAAAGACCUAUGUGUACAGUUAUGAAGGCUGGGUGUUGAAUGGGCUUCAAGAAAAGAAUUUGGCCAAAGCCGGCGUGCGCCUGAGCUGCAAACUGGAGAUCAGCGGGCUGUCAGAGAACAACUACCUCCUCAAGAUCCGCUCCCCGCAGCUCGAGGAAUACAAUGGCAUCUGGCCCAGGGACCCAUUCACUCGAUCUUCCAAAAUCACCCAGAUGGUUUCCUCAUGCCUUACCCGGCCCUUCAAGUUUGAAUACAGCAGUGGACGGGUUGGAAACAUUUAUGGCCCAGAAAACUGCCCUGAUACUUGCAUUAACAUCGUGAGAGGAAUACUGAACGUGAUCCAGAUAACCAUUAAGAAGUCACAGAAUGUGUAUGAAUUGCAAGAGGCUGGGAUUGGAGGUGUUUGCCAUACAAGGUACGUCAUUCAGGAAGACAAGAAGAACAACCGAGUCUCUGUGACCAAAACCGUAGACCAAAAUAAUUGCCAGGAAAAAGUGGUGAAGAGUCUUGGAAUGGCUUACAUCUACCCCUGCCCUGUUGACACGAUGAAAGAAAGGAUCAUCAAGGGGACUGCAGCUUUCUCCUACAAGCUGAAGCAGUCGGACAGUGGUGCCCUGAUCACAGAGGCUGUGUCUCAGCAGGUGUAUCAGAUCUCGCCCUUCAGUGAACCCACCGGGGUCGCUGUCACGGAAGCAAAACAGCAACUCACCUUGCUGGAGGUGAAGAGUGAAUGGGGGAGCUCCCCAGAGAUCUCCAUGCAGAGCUAUGGAAGCCUUCAAUACCAGUUCCCAGCAGUACUGCCACAGAUGUCAGUGCAGCUCAUCAAGACCAAAAACCCUGAGCAACGGAUAAUUGAAACACUGCAACACAUAGUCCUGAAUAACCAGCAAGAUUUCCAUGAUGAUCUCCCAUACCGCUUCCUGGAGCUCGUCCAGCUCUGCAAGCUGACAAGUGCUGACACCCUUGAGUCCAUCUGGAGACAAUGUUCAGACAAACCCCGCUACAGGCGGUGGCUGCUGAGCGCAGUCUCUGCGACGGGCACCCCAGAAGCUCUGAAAUUCAUUAAGAGCAGAAUCCGCAGUGACGACCUCAGCUACCUUCAGGCUCUUCUCAGUGUUCCCUUUGCUCUCCACUUCACAAAAGCUGAUGAAAACACUGUUCCAAUAGCAGCAGAUUUAGUGACAAGUUCUCGAGUCCAGAAAAACUCCUUGCUUCAACAACUUGCCAGCUUGGGAUACAGUUCUGUGGUGAAUAGAUACUGUUCUCAGAGCUCAGCUUGUCCUAAAGAAGCUCUCCAGCCCAUCCAUGACCUGGCGGACGAAGCACUCAGCAGGGGCCGUGAGGACAAAAUGAAAUUGGCUCUGAAGUGCAUUGGCAACAUGGGAGAACCAGCCAGCAUCAAGCGCAUCCUCAAGUUCCUCCCCAUCUUUUCAUCCAGUGCUUCUGAUAUCCCCAUCCACAUUCAGAUUGAUGCCAUAAUGGCCUUGAGAAAAAUUGCUUGGAAGGACUGCAAAACAGUGCAGGGAUAUCUCAUCCAGAUCCUUGCUGAUGAGUCGCUUUCCCCCGAAGUGCGGAUGAUGGCUUGUGCUGUUAUCUUUGAGACAAGGCCUGCCCUUCCCUUGAUAACAACCAUUGCCAACGUGGCCAUGAAGGAGAGCAAUUUGCAAGUGGCCAGUUUUGUGUAUUCCCACAUGAAGGCUUUGUCCAAGAGCAGGUUGCCAUACACGUACAACAUAUCUUCAGCUUGCAAUAUUGCCCUAAAGCUGCUGGCCCCCAAACUGGACAGGCUGAGCUAUCGCUACAGCAAGGUCAUACGUGUUGGUGGUUACUUUGAUAACUAUAAAGUUGGUGCUGCUGGAGAAGUCCUUGUUAUGAACAGCCCAGGAACAAUGUUCCCAUCAGCAAUCAUUUCCAAGCUGAUGGCAUAUUCUGCAGGGUCAGUGGCUGAUUUGGUGGAGGCUGGUGUCCGUGUGGAAGGCCUCACAGAUGUCAUCAUGAAACGAAAUAUCCCAUUUGCUGAAUAUUCCACAUACAAAAAGAUAAAGGAGAUUGGAAAAGCUCUGCUGGGAUGGAAGGAGCUGCCAACAGAAACCCCCUUGAUAUCAGCCUACUUUAAAGUCUUUGGCCAAGAGCUGGCCUACAUCAACAUCAACAAGGAGGCGCUGCAGCAGGCCGUGAAGGCCGUGCUGGAGCCCGCGGCCCGGAGCACACUGCUGAGGAAGGCGGCAGCGCAGCUGCGCGCCGGCACCGCGGCCCAGUGGACGCAGCCGCUGUGGCUGGGAGAGCUGCGCUACAUCGUGCCCACGGCCCCCGGGCUGCCCCUGGAGUACAGCUCCUACAGCACGGGCCUGGCCAGGGCUGCUGCCAGCGUUGAUGGAAAGAUAUCUCCCCCUUUAACUGGAGAUUUUAGACCUUCACAGUUGCUCGAAUCCACUGUGCAGAUUCGUUCUGACAUAAACCCCAGCUUAUACAUACAGAAAUUUGCAACAAUGGGUGUCAACACAGAAUACUUCCAGCAAGCUGUGGAAAUUCAAGGCAAGGUCCUGACAAGAGUGCCAAUCAAGUUUGAUGCUAAGAUAGACAUGAAGCUGAAAAAUAUUAAGAUUGAAACAAAUCCAUGCCAUGAGGAAACUGAGCUAGUGGUUGGAAGACAUAAGGCUUUUGCUGUAUCGAGAAAUUUAGGAGAGCUAGGUGUUGAAAAGAGAACUGCAAUUCUCCCAGCAGAUGCUUCAUCAAAUAUUGUGGAAGAACCUUUCAAACCAUCAGAUAAAGCUUCCAGUGAAGACUUCACAAAGCCAGCAGCUGACAGCGCCCCAAGGAAAAGUGCCCAUGGCUCUCAAGAGGAUCUUGGCCCCGUCACGGGAAGGAAAGCUCAUAAACGAGACUUUUGUGUCAAGCUGCAGCACCUUGGCUGCCAGCUCUGCUUUGCCAGCAGGUCACGAGAUGCUAGCUUCCUGAAAAACACCUAUUUGCACAGGCUGAUCGGAGAGCACGAGGCUAAAAUAGUCUUGAUCCCAGUUGAAACAGAUGCUGAUAUUGACAAAAUUCAGCUGGAGAUUCAGGCAGGAUCCAGAGCGGCUUCCAAAAUAGUUAAUGAAGUAAACGCGGAGUCGGAGGAAGAGGGUGAAUCAUCUCUGUAUGGGGACAUUCAAGCUAAACUGAAGAAGAUUCUGGGCAUUGACAAUGUGUUCAAGAUUGCAAAUAAAACACGACACCCGAAGAAGCAACCUGCAAAGAAGGAAAACACUGUGCUUACAGAGCUUGGGGCAGACCCUGACACAAAACAUCUCUCCAGCUCAUCUUCUGCCUCCUCAGCUGCCUCCUCUUCCUCAUCGUCUGCUGUUUCUCCUCGUCGUAAGGAGGCUGGCGAUGAAGAUGAGAAUAAUCAAGAAGAGCAAGCAAAAAACAAAGAUAGCAGCAGCAGUGACAGAAGUAGCAAGAGCAGUAGCAGUGGCAAAAGCAGCAAGAGCAGCAGCAGCAGUAGUGACAGAAGUAGCAAGAGUAGUAGCAGUAGCAGCAGAAGCAGCAAGAGCAGCAGUAGUAGCAGCAGCAGCAGUAGCAAAAGCAGUAGCAAGAGCAGUAGCAGCAGCAGCAGCAGUGACAGAAGUAGCAGAAGCAGCAGCAGCAGUAGAAGCAGCAGCAGUAGUAGCAGCAGCAAAAGCAGCAGCAGCAGCAGCAGCAGUAGUAGCAGCAGCAAAAGCAGCAGCAGCAGUAGCAGAAGCAGCAGCAGCAGGAAGUCAUCAAGUCAUCACAGCCAUGGGCAUCACUCAAGGCAUGUGAAUGGCAGCAGCAGCAGUGAGUCACUGAGCCACCACAGCCAUGAACAUCAUUCAGGACAUCUGGAAGGUGGCAGCAGCAGCAGCAGUGCAUAUUCCAAAAUAUGGGAAGCCCAUGAGAUUUAUCAGUACCGCUUUAAAUCAGCACACAAACAAGAAGAGGUCCCAAAAGAAAAACUCCCAGAUGACCAAAUUGACAGCUCACAUUCCUCUGCCAGAUCCAGUCAUGCUACAUCUCGAGCUUCAUGGCCCAAGUUUUUGGGAGAUGUUAAAGCCCCAGUGUUAGCAGUUUUCCUGCAUGGCAUCCGUGAUGAGAAGAAGAUAGGAGGCCUCCAGCUCGUGGUGUAUGCUGAUAUUGACUCCAUCAAGCCUCGGAUGCAGGUAUUUGUGUCCAACCUCACAGAUUCAAGCAAGUGGAAGCUCUGUGCUGAUGCUUCAGUCCACAAUGCUCACAAGGCAAAGGCCUACCUGAAAUGGGGACAGAAUUGCCAGGACUACAAGGUUUCAUCUGAGCUGGUAACUGGGCAGUUUGCUGCCCACCCUGCUGUACAAGUGAAACUGGAGUGGCCUAAAGUUCCUUCCAGUGUCAGAUCUGUGGCAGAAUGGUUUUACAAGCUUGUCCCUGGGGCUGCAUUUAUGCUGGGAUUCUCUGAAAAAGAGGACAAGAAUCCUUCUCGGCAAGCCAAGCUGAUUGUGGCUCUAACUUCUCCAAGGACUUGUGAUGUUGUUAUCAAGCUUCCUGAUAUUACCCUCUAUGAAAAAGCCAUGAGGCUUCCCCUGUCACUCCCUGUAGGGCCAAGGGCAUCAACGUCAGAGCUGCAGCCUCCCAGCUGGAAUGUCUUUGCUAAAGCCCCUUCUGCAGUGCUCGAGAAUCUGAAAGCUCAAUGCUCAGUUUCCUACAACAAGGUCUCAACUUUCAAUGAAGUUCGGUUUAACUACACCAUGCCAGCAGACUGCUACCACAUCUUGGCUCAGGACUGCAGCUCUGACCUGAAGUUCCUGGUGAUGAUGAGGAAUGAAGAUGAAUCUGUGAACCUGAAAGGGAUCAACAUCAAGAUUGGCAAUCAUGAGGUCGACAUGCGCCCCGCCGACGGACGCGUGCAGCUGCUGGUGGACGGGGCUGAGAGCCCAGCCAACGUGUCCUUGACGUCUGCGGGUGCUUCUCUGUGGAUCCACAGUGAAAAUCAAGGGCUUGCACUUCUCGCCCCAGCCUAUGGCAUUGACAAACUGUACUUUGAUGGAUACACAUUCAGGAUCCAAGUUGCUCUAUGGAUGGCAGGGAAAAUGUGUGGACUGUGUGGAAAAUACGAUGCAGAAUGCGAACAGGAAUAUCGGAUGCCCAACGGAUACAUAGCUAAAGAUGCAGUGAGCUUUGGGCAUUCUUGGAUUUUGGAAGAAAGGCCUUGUAGAGGAGCCUGCAAGCUGCGGCACGCCUUUGUGAAGCUGGAGCGGGCGGUGCAGCUGGCCGGGGUCGAGUCGCGCUGCCUCUCCACGGAGCCCGUGCUGCGCUGCAACAAGGGCUGUGCCCCCACCCGCACCACCCCGGUCACCGUGGGCUUCCACUGCGUCCCGGCAGAUUCAGCCACCAGCCUGACAGACAAGCAGAUAAAGUUUGACCAGAAGUCAGAGGAUAUGAAGGACACUGUUGAUGCACACAUAGCAUGUACUUGUGAGAAUGAAAACUGCAUAUAAAAACUGCAUAUGAAGCUGUACCUGUGCAGCAUAGGAGAAAACAGAAAUACUUUCAUGUUUUUAUUGUGUCGUGUAAAAAACCUUGUCUUAAGGAAUAAUAGAUAGUAAAUUAAGUACUUAAGGAUCUUGUAUGGGGAAUCUUCCCAAGUAAUUUAAAGUAUUAAACUUUAUUAUUGUAGAAACUAUUAUGAUUGCCCAUAAAUAUC